AAAUAAAUAAUAGAUACAACUAAGUUUCAGUUGCUUGUUCUAGCAUUUUCCAAAACCAAUAUAAAAGAAAACAGAGUCCCGAGAGUAGUUGUCUGAAUUCGCUACUUCAAUUCCUAUUCAGUGAAACAAUGGCUCAAGACUUGACGUUGGAUUUGGAGGAGCUUCAUCACCUCCACAGCAUCGCCAAAAGACCUCGAACCCUCUCUUUACUCUCCUCUGAGAUUCGCAACCUCGAGAAGAUAUCAUCAGAUGCAAAUGCUGCCCGCGCUCCUCAGAUUCCUACACCAAUUUCAACCGGAGCUAAGGUGUCACCUUCACCUGCACUGAACUAUUCCACGUUAGCAUCGUUCAGUUGGGAUCAGGAUGGUGACAAAGUAAAGAUAUAUGUAUUAAUGGAGGGAAUUGAUGAGAAUAAGAUUGAAUCUGAGUUUAAGUCAAUGUCAUUUGAUGUUAAGUUCCAUGAUGUUCAAGGAAAGAACUACCGUUGUGCAAUAUCGAAACUGCAUAAGGAGAUAGUACCGGAGAAAUGUAAGGUUCUGGUCAAGCCCAAAAGGGCAAUCAUCACAUUAGUGAAGGCUUCCAAAGGAAAUUGGCUAGAUUUGCACUUCAAAGAGGACAAGCUAAAGCCAAAUCUGGAUAAAGAGAAAGACCCAAUGGCGGGAAUCAUGGACAUGAUGAAGAAUAUGUAUGAGGAAGGGGACGAUGAGAUGAAGAAAACAAUUGCAAAAGCAUGGACUGAUGCUAGAUCUGGGAAAACAGCUGACCCUUUAGGUAGCUACCGUUGAGCAACAAACAGAGAUUAAGAUUCUUAGUUCCUGUUUCUUGAGAAUGAUCUGCUCUAUUUAAUUACAAGAUUUUGUUAUAAAAUGAAUGCUUGGCCCAUGUUCAUGGUACUUGUAGAAGUUUAGAUGUGCAGUUAAUUGUUACCUAAGUUCUACUUUUUCAUAUAAUGAUGUGGUUGUGGUCUGAUGUUGCUCCAA